CGUUCAUGCUGCGCGGCUAUUCAAAAAGAGAUGCCAAGUCAUUGUACGAUGAUGGGCAGAAUGCACAGUAUGUGACCUUUGUAUCGGUGACCGGUAUCAGAAACGUACGUGUGUAUUAACCAGUCAAGUGCGAAGUACGUACGUUCACCGUUUAUAGCUGAAGGCAAAAAUAUCGACAGAAAUAUAAUUCACACGUUCCAAUACAUUUAGGUUAGAUCCUCUACCUGUUGACAAUGCGGCCAAGAUCGAUGUGCGUGUUAAUAUGUCUGGUCAUGGCUGUGUCACUUAGAUGCACAUCAUGCGAUGAUCCCCCGGUUGUUACGACCAAGCAGGGCCGCAUCGUGGGCACUCGACUGGAGUUUAACCCCCCUACGAGACCCGAGCUCCGCCGCAGUGUCAAUGCCUUCCUCGGUAUACCGUACGCCGAGCCGCCCGUCGGCCCGCUACGCUUCAAGCCACCCGUGCCGAAGUCGUGGAGUGGGGAGCUGCGGGCUGCAGAGGUUGGCAAUCGAUGCCCUCAGCCCAAAAUGCCGCUGGGAAACGAUGUCACAUUGACGGGCAAUAUAGCCGAGGAUUGUCUGUCUGUCGAUGUGUUUGUCCCUCAGCCAGUUCCUCCAAAAGCAGCCGUUCUUGUAUACAUCCACGGAGGCGGAUUCUUGGUUGGUGCUGGCUCCAUCGAUGGGUUCUAUGGGACUCCCAUUGCGGCUGUGGGUGACGUCAUCGUCGUGGCCCUCAACUACCGACUUGGAGCAUUAGGAUUUCUCUCCACCGGUGAUGAAGCAAUACCAGGCAAUAUGGGACUGCUGGAUCAACAACUUGCUAUGGAAUGGGUCAGAGAUAAUAUUGAAGCUUUUGGUGGUGAUCCAGUUCGAGUGGCCAUCUUUGGGGAGAGUGCCGGAGCAUGCAGCGUGGGAACGCACAUGUUGUCGCCGGGAAGUGCAGGCCUCUUACGGGCUGCAAUCAUGGAGAGUGGCGAGGCAUCGGCCCUUUGGAGCAUAGUGCCCGCUGAUGAGGCUCGUAAACGGGCAUUCUUACUUGGGAAGUUGGUCGACUGCGAGAGAGAAACAUCCGACGAGUUGCUGGCAUGCCUACAGGAGCUAGACGUCAGCGCCAUCAUCGACAGUCAAUUUGAGAAGAUGCUUCAAGCGUUGAGUGUAGCGCCCAUGAUUCUUUACGGUCCAGUGGUUGACGGAAUUUUCCUCCCCGGCAGACCGACUGACCUCUAUGCAAAGGGUGCAGUCAAUGACGCCGUGUCAAUCAUUGGCUCCAACUCAGACGAGGGAAUGGUCAUGAUCAAGGGGGCGUACCCCAACAACACCAACCGGGCGCCCUUCGUGGACGGCGCAGCGUUCGACGCUUUCUUGCAACCCUGGCUGGCGAUGCUGAGCUCCGAGCCCGUCGUUGCCGACGCCGUCGAGCUGAUGUACCUCGACGCCACUUGCGGGAACCCAUCGGACUGCGACUACCUGCAGAGCCUCUCCCAAGCCCUUGGGGACGUCUUGUUCGUCUGUCCCCAGGACAGGACCGCCAGGGCAUUCACUAAGGCUGGACGCAAGGUGUACCGUUAUCACAUGACCCAUGCAGCCACCACUCCUUUCCUCGGUAACAACUGGACAGGGUGUACGCACGGUGAAGACUUGCUGUUCGUCUUUGGCGUCCCACUUGUGCCUUCAGAGAAUAAAAGGUUUACCGAGGAAGAGGUCCGUAUGUCAACCCAGACCAUCAGUUACUGGGCCAACGUGGCCAAGACAGGUAAUCCCAACCUGUCAUCCCUGGACGCCGAACUGGCCAGCGAAGAGACAUCCACGGCGUCAGAAUGGCCGGUUUUCACCCUUGAAGAACUCGCCUACAAAGACCUGUCACCGGCCAUGCCGAAUGGACAUGGGAUCAAGGCCAAAGAAUGCCUCAUGUGGAAUGAAUUCAUACCAAAGCUCGUUCAAAUUGCAGAGGACGCCAAGAAGUGUCGGGAAGUCUCUGCACACAGAAGAUUGAGCAAGGAAAUGGGACUCCGCGAUGAGGGAAGUGGGCAGGAAUUAAACGAAAACAUUUGAGACAUUUUGUUUCCAUCCAACCCAAGGGCGAAUCCAUAACCAAAAAUUCGGGGGGUCAGAAUUGAUUGGGGUCGAGACUCUUGGAGAUUGUUAUGUAACUAUGAUGGCAUUCUUAGGGGUAAGGCCGUAUCUCGGGGGGGGGGGGUUGGCCCCGUUGGCCUCUACCCCUUGUAUCUACCCUUGUCUACCCUUGACUCAACCGAAAUGCAAAUGAUGAAAUGAAACGAAUUUGGUCAUUCUUAUGAAGCAUUUUUUGGCUAAAAGUUGAGAUUUUUUCAGAUUUCUAUUUGAAAAUAGUCACGGAUACAUGAUGGUCAUAGCGUACAAUUAUAUGUAGAAGAAGCCAUGCGAUCAAUCCGUCUUGCCGUGAGACUUCCUAGUCUUGUGUGUUUAAUAUGACCAACAAUCUUACGGCUGUUGUCGGUGUACAGAAUCGACUUUUCUAUAUCCACUGUAUUGAUCCUCCCGCCCUGCCGUGUCAGGCCCUCGAACACAAUCCUUAUAGAGAUCACAGAUGUCCGGAUAUCUACACUCACUUAAACAUAGUGACUGCGUCCCACACACACAUUGACAUUGUGCGCGCCUGAUCAUCUUCAAUCGAAAAAAAAAUUGAAGGUUUUUAUAUUUAGCAGCCCUGCAGGGCCAAUUUCAUAGAGCUGCUUA